CCGUGAAACCGACCACAAUAGCCAAGAUAAAUGGUUCUGAAAAUAGAUAAAUUACUUAUAUACCCCGCGAUAGAGCUUAUUAUUCAUAGUGUAAUAACGCCUCGAAACCGAACACAACAGCCAAGGAAUUUUUCUUAGUCGGUUGGAUAUAAUUUUUCGUUUGUUCAAGGCGAUUCAGAUUGACUCUUGUGAUAAGUAUAGUGGUUGUCCUUUGUUCAAGGCGAUUCAGAUUGCCUCUUGCAAUUGCGGUUCUCCUUUGUUCGCGGCAAUUCAGAUUGUGUCUUGUGACAGCGAUUGUCUUGUCAAGAACAGCACAUCGUUUUAUCACACAAAUAUCGAGAGCGAUAUUAAGCGCGUAGUCAACUACAUCAAGAGGGCCAUUAAGCGCAUAGUCUGUCUUGACAUACAAUGCUCUAGAGGUUACGAACGACUUCCCAGACAAAACCUACCUCGUUCUUGUACGUUAGCGUAAACUUCUAGCGGUUUCGGAGUACAAUACCGUGCAAGAAGGGGUUUGAAGAAGACUUUGGCACCACGGGACGAAGCACCGAGCGAGAGAAUACUUUCUUUCCUUGACCCCACAAUACGUACUCGUACCGGUACUCUGCCGUUCGACAUCACAUUAUCAUAAAGAGAAAAGCAGAAACCUUCUGCGGUGCCUAGAAAAUCACACCGGAAAAUGCAUCUGCCCAAACUAUGUCUUGCUGCGCUCAGCAUCGAUCGUGCAUCAUGGUUUGUCCAAGGAGAAAGGCAUCGAAUCGGGGAUUGGGAGAUCCAUGCUAUCGGAGAUAAGGAAGAUGGCAGCGACACACCUUUUGCUAAAAUGAGGGUAGUCGAGGAUGGUGGAGACGAGUUCGCGGUCCUUGCUGUCAACGUUGAAGGCAAAUUUACGGAUGGCAACAGCAACAGCGAGACUUGGGAUGGUAGAUAUCUACCAACAAUUGAGGCCUUUGCAGGGGUGGAACGCGGCGAAGCAUGCGACACGGGUGACCUCUUGACUCUGCUUACCGAUUUUGGUGCUGCCUAUGUUGACGCCGAAGGAAAAAAGAAAUGGCGGAACAUCGGGCAAACCCAAGACGGAGAUUAUGGUGAGUUUGUGAGCCUCGUCGCCCUUCCAUCCGUUGGUUUGCUACACGGUAGAAAGUGUAAAGGCACGAAACUAAUCUGCGCAUACGUUCCGUUUGCUUCAAUCUAUCGCUGUUCUUAGGAUCUGCCCUAGUUGAAAUGCCCCUACACGAUUCUAGUGUCUGGACACCGAUCAACGCGGAUAAUUUCAAGGUCGGGACGUUCGAGGCGUGUGUUCGGAUUUCCAGGAAGCACGACACCGACUAUGUCGUCUUUUUCGAUACCUUUUUUUCCUUAAAGAUUGAUGCGAAAGGACUCUUCCAGACCUUUGAACAAGAAAUUCUUGUUGAGGAAUUCGGCAAUGUCCAAAACUACGACAAAGAAGAAACCAGAAAAAUUGGAGUGGACGCGUAUCUGUGCGGUCCAUCGACUUCUGCAAACCCAGGCCGUAGCUACGCGAUUGGUCAAAGCUUCCACGUCUGUGUUGGCCCGAAGCAGGCGGAGCUGGAGAAAGGCUUUGCCGUGGUCGGAUUCCACGAUGUCACGUGUGCCGGGACCGAUGUGGUGACAGACGGAGAUUUUGCGGACCAGCUGACAAGCGUCGCUCGAAAUCCCGUGGACUUUAUCGAUGGCAAAGAAAAUCCCGAAGCGGUAGCAACGGACGCUGGCGUUGCGUAUUUCGAAACCGUAGUGACUCCAGAAUUUUACGCUGGAUCCGAAGCAGGUUCUUUCACGUGCGAAGGCAGGGUGGAUCUGGAACAGAAGUCACCGGAAGAAGGGGUUGGGGUUGAAAUCCCAACACGCCGAUUGACCGCGAGCUUCUCGAGGCACAGCGACGAUCUCUCGCGCCGCCACCUCCAAGAAAGCGGCGAGGCGGAAACGGACACGGACACGGGCAGCUCGUUUGGCAUCACGGUGGGACUCUUGCCAGAUGGCGAAAGCGCAGACGCCCUGUUUGGCGAUCUGGCGGGCCCCGCGGCAGACACCGGAGGGGUGCCCGGCACCGCCAUGGCAACCGCCGCCGGAGCCGCUGUUCUUGCGGCAUUGUUGUAGCAGGCAGGCAGGCAAACAAGGUUUCCGGGAGAAGGAAGGAAGAACGGAAAUGCGUACGGUACGUACCGAUUGCAUGUGGAGCCCAAAGGAUAGGGCCGAAACGAAACGAAACGAGAAACGAAACGAAACAGAAGAAAACCUACCGGUUGGAACACCUAGCACCUAGUUUGCGUGGUAAGAAAAAACUAAAUAAUAGUAGCGGUACAAUGAAGUUAAGAUACUUAU